AUGGGGGCCCCCCCCCUGAACCAGGGGGGAGGGGGGGGCCCCCCCCACCAGGAGGAGACAGAGGGGGCAGGGGCACAGGCUCACUCUGCUGCUGCUGCUGCUCCUGCUGCUGCUGCUGCUGAGGAUGCUGCAACAAACGGCGGCACAGAAGGGAAUUUGCUGCUCUCAGUAGCAGCACCUGAGGGGACAACUAAACAAACUCCUGCUGCUGCUCCUGCUGCUGCUGCUGCUGCAGCAGAUGCUGCAGCAGAUGCAGCAGCAGAUGCAGCAGCAGGAGCAGCAGGAGCAGGAGCAGCAGCAGCAGAUGAAGAUGCUUCCCUUGAUGAACGUUGGGGGUGCUGCUAUCCUGCAUCUGUGGGGCCUGCUGCUACUGCUGCUGCUGCUGCUGCUGCUGCUGCACCAGCAGCAACAGCAGCAGCAGCAGCAACAGCAGCAAGGGAUGAUGCCUCAAAGAAGACAAACAAUGAAGGGAAGGUCCUGAGGGGGGCCCCCCUUCUGAUGAGGAAUGGGGGGGGCCCCCCUGUGGGUACUGGGGGCCCCCUGCAGGCGCUGCAAGGCGAUACAGAGAAUACCUGGACGCCUAGAAUUGGGGACUUUGGGCUGGCACUCAGAGACGAAAUACACCACCAACAGCAGCAGCAGCAGCAACAGCAGCAACACAACAACUAUAAUAUUAAUUUUAUCUAUAAUAAUAGUAGUAGUGUGGCGGUGCUCACGCAGCAGCAGCAGCAGCAGCAGCAGCAGCAGGUGUCUGGGGAGGGAGGGGGAGGAAUGCAUAGAGGGAAGGGGGGAGGAGGGGGGAACACAUACACACAGGAUACUCUUAUGGGGGGAGGGGGGGCCCCCAUUGGGGGGGGGGCCCCCAGCGGGGGGGCCCCCAUAGGGCCAAUGGCAGUACAGGGGUUUACACAUCGUACCCUGGAUGGGGGGGGCCCCUCGCUGAGGCCCUCUACACCCAAGACAGUACCCUGUUGGGGGGGCCCCCAAGGGGGCCCCCUUGAAGGCAGCAGCAGCCCAGAAGCAGGAAAAACAACAACAGCAGCAGCAGCAACAGCAGCAACAGCAGCAGCAGCAGCAGCAGCAGGAAUAUCAUCAUCUCCCGCUGCAGUAUUAUCUCCUUUGUUAAGAGUGCAAUGCCCCUCCUCCUCAGCAGCAACAGCAGCAGCAGCAGCAGACAUAAACUCUUCCUCUUCUUCCUCUUCCGCAGCAGCAGCAGCAGCAGCAGCAGCAGCAGCAGCAGCAGCAGCAUGUGGUGCAGCAGGGGGGAACAGAACGCGUGGUGUGGGUACUACAGUGUAUGCACCACCGGAGCAGCUACAGGGGGAGAGGUAUGGUAGCGCCGUUGAUGUGUGGGCCCUGGGUAUGCUGGGUGUAGAUUUGUUUACGCGCGCGGAGACAGUGAUGGAGCGUUCGGUGGUUCUGCGUGAAGCUAGAGAGGGGAGAUUGCCUGGACCACUGGUCACCUCCUUUCCUUCUGUUGCUGCUUUUUGUUCUCUUUGUUUACAACAAAACCCACAUAAAAGACCACUGGCUAUACACCUCAAACAUAUACUCGAUCAGGGAGGUCUAUUCAGCUGUCUCCUCAGAACACCCAGACCCCUGCUCCAGCCAAGCCCUCCUAUAUCCCCAGCAGCAGCAGCAGCAGCAGCAGCUGCUGCUGCUGCUGCUGCUGGUGGGGGUGGUGGGGGUGGUGGUGGUGGUGGUGGGGGGGGAGCGGGGGCAGGAGAGCAUGGGUUCGUCACGGAGGCGUUGCUGGCGUCUCCUCGGCAUCCUUUCUAUCAGCAGCAACAGCAGCAACAGCAGCAGCAGCAGCAGCAGCAGCAGCAGUUGCUGCUGCUGCAGGCCAGUCGAUUCAGCUGCAAGUCAGGCGGAGACGGCUACUACCUAGUCCCCCCCUCGCCCUUUGCUUUAUGUACCCCGAAGACCUCUCCUCUCCCCCCGGGCCCCGCUUCUCUAUCCACCAGCUCAAUACAAGGUUCUCCCUGGGGGGCCCCCCUGGGGCCCCCCUUGGGGCCCCCCCACCUCUUGGGUACCCCUUUGGGGGCCCCCACCACUCCCCUGGGGGCCCCCCUGGGUACCCCUCUGGGUGCCCCCAGCACCCCUCUAGGGGGGGCCCCCAGUACCCCUCUGGGGGCCCCAUCAACUGGGUGUGUGGUGGGUGUUGGUGGUGUGUGUACGCGUUGCAGUGUAUGUGAGUAUGCGGGGGGCAGCAGCAGCAGCAGCAGCAGCAGCAGCAGCAGCAGCAGCAGCAGCAGCAGCGUGUGUGUGUGUAGCAGCAAGCAGGUGCGUGGGUAUGUAGAGGGGGCCCCUGCGGGGGGGGGGGCCCAGGGAGGGGGGGGCCCCGAAACCCCUUCUUCUCUCGCCAGCAGCCCCAGCAGUGCUGUGAGGCCCCACAGUCUCCUCCGCCCCUUCAAGCAGGGAGAGGGGCCCCCACAGCCCCACUCACCCAGCAUGCAGCCAGAGAGCAGCAGGGGAGGGGGGGGGGCCCCCUGCCCCUGCGGGGUAGAGGGGGCCCCCAAGAACAUCAAGGCACCUGCUGCUGGUGGCGCGCCAGGAGCAGCAGCAGGGACAGCAGCAGCAGCAGCAACAGCAGCAGCAGCAGCAGCAGCAGCAGCAGGGACAGGGCCCUCAGCUGCUGCUGGUAUAUACACAGACUCUGCUGGGGGUCGAGUGUGUGUGGGGUCUCCAGUGUCUCCUCUGCGGGGUGUAUCGGGGGCCCCCGGGGGUAUGCUGGGGGCUGGGGGCCCCCCAGCCCGCGACACGAAGUCUCCUGCACUAAGCAGCAGCAGCAGCAGCAGCAGCAGCAACAGCAACAGCAGCAGCAGCAGCAGCAGCAGCAGCAGCGCAGAGGGGUGUGAGGGGGGGGCUGUGUGGGCUGUGGUGCUAAAGGGCUCGCCCCUAAGAGAAGAUCUGUGGCUGCGGGUUGCGGUGUCUGCUGCUGAGGCGCAGCAGCAGCCGCAUGCAUGCAGCAACAGGGCUUGGUUAGAGGGGCUGCUGGCGGUACUGCAGCAGCAGCAGCAACAGCAGCAGCAGCAGCAGCAGCAGCAGCAGCAGCAGCAGCAGCAGCAGCAGCAGCAGCAGCAACAGCAGCAGCAGCAGCAGCAGCAGCAGCAGCAGCAGCAGCAGCAGCAGCAGCAACAAUAA